AUGUCACAAUCCACACAGAGGCGACCGACUCCGGCCGUGCGGACACCCUCUGUCCCGUCCUCGACGUCCUCCAUGCGGCAUGCCAUGCCUAGCAGCACUCCAACCCGCCGCACCAGCUCACCUCGAUUCAUCCAGCCCCGUUCCACCCCUCCAAUCUUCUCCUCGCCGUCGUUGCCCCCUCACCCGCGGCCAAGACUAGACCGACUGUCUCUCCCUCCCCGGUUGUCGGCAACGCCCUCCACAAUACCGGCCGAUGGUCAUGGCAGAGACGACGUUUCUCGUCCCAGCGACUUCCCCGAUAGCGAUGAAUCAGACACCGUGAACGAGGUCAUCAUGGCCAUCGAUAUGAAGGACAACGGCACCGUGGGCUGUGCCUACUAUGUUGCCAUCGACGAGGCGCUCUUCCUCCAAGAAGAUAUCCCACUGGCCGGCAUCGACCUGGUCGAGACCCUUCUCAUCCAUGCCGAGCCAACGACUGUCCUUAUAUCCAUCCGCAGCCCAGACAACCUGGUUUGGUUCAUAGAAUCUGGAGCUCAAGACUUUCAGGGGAAUCGCAACCAAGAAGAAGGUGGAUUCCAUGGUGCCUAUAUACUGCGCACCUUAGGUUCAAUCGAAUUCAACUAUGAAAAUGCCAAAGGCCAUCUACUCAAUCUGGACCUGUCUUCUCUACAUCGCCGGACCAUGCAUUUCAACACCGUAGCCGGCGGCGAAGCUGACGGCGGAAUUGACAUGGACGAUGACAGGCACGCUAGGCUGAUGCAGUUGGCCACCUGGAUCAAUCUGGACAGUCGUUUCUCUGUCGGCUGUGCAGGAGCAGUUCUCGGCGACAUACAGCGCAGAAAAGCUGCCGAAUACUUGUCCAACGACCCAGAUGCCAAUUCCGCAUUCCGGAUCCGCUCCAUUGAGAUGUUUACCCUCAGAGACUCCCUCUUUGUCAACGCUGACACUUUGGCGUCUCUCCAAAUUCUGGGCUCUGAAAACCAUCCAAACUCCAUGAAUCAAGGGCCUGAUAGGUCCAAAUCAGAGGCAAAAGAGAGUUUGUCUCUAUACGGUCUAUUCCAUGUGCUGGCACACACGGCACAAGGCAAGACACAGCUACGGCAGAUGUUUUUGCGGCCGAGCACUGACCUGGAGCUGAUUCAGGAGCGUCAGAAAAGCAUCUCGGUUCUGCUUCGCCCUGAGAAUGGGGCCAAUGUUGACGGAAUAGGAAAACUACUGCGCAAGAUCAAAAAUAUCAAGCACAACCUUAUGCAGUUGAAGAAAGGAAUCAGUCUCCCAUCCGGACGUGCUUCGGUUGAAAGAGGCACGUGGGCAUCAUUGCAGGCUUUCUGUGCCUUUACUACUGAGCUUCGAGAGGCAGUGCAGAAGCUCCAAGGUGCAGAAAGUCUCUCUAUCACGACGAGGGUCGUUCAUGGAAUUCGUCAGAGUGAUCUUAUCUCGGUUGGAGAGCUUAUAGCCGGGACUGUCGACUUCCAGCAGUCCGAGGAGGCUCGGAGAACCUGUGUCAUCCAGGGAAUGAAUGCAGAGCUGGACGAGCUCAAGCGCAAUUACGACGGCCUUGAAUAUCUAUUGGAUGAAAUCGCCGGACGCCUGAUCAAAGAGAUUCCGGAAUGGGCUCGACAGUACGUCAAGAACUGUAUAUUCUACCCUCAGAUCGGCUUCUUGACAGUUGUGAGCCUCAACCUGGACACCGGACGCGGAGACUACGAGGGAGAGGGCCUCAAUGAUGACGACUGGGAGCGUAUGUUCGUAAGCGAGGGGAACAUCUACUACAAGAAUCGAUGCAUGAGAGAGCUUGAUGGGCAGUAUGGGGACCUGUACUGCAUGAUUGUUGACAAGGAGAUCGAGAUCAUUCAUGAGCUCAGCGUCAGUGUUCUUGAUCACGAGGAAGCUCUGCUAGAAGCAUGCGACCUUUGCGGAGAGCUUGACAGUCUUCUCGCCCUAGCACUCGGCGCCGACAAAUACAAACUGACAGCGCCACAAUUGACCUCGACCAAUAUGAUCCAGAUCCAAGGCGGGAGACAUCCGCUUCAGGAGCUUGUGGUCCCUUCGUUCAUACCCAACGAUACGCUCCUCCUUGGAGGCUCUGGUGGCGGCACUGCGGAUGAGACGAUCGUCUCUGAUGCCAUGGGCGAGGUACCAAGUAUCCUGGUUAUGACAGGGCCAAACCAUUCUGGAAAAAGCAUCUACCUCAAGCAGGUCGCCUUGAUUGUCUACCUCGCACACAUUGGAAGCUAUGUGCCCGCCGAACAGGCGUGUAUUGGCCUGACAGACCGGAUACUAACCCGUAUUGCCACGAGGGAGAGCGUAUCGCGAAAUGAGAGCGCUUUCGCCAUCGAUCUAAAACAAGCUGCUUUCUCCAUAAACUUCGCAACACGGCGAAGCCUGAUACUAAUUGACGAGUUCGGCAAGGGCACCAAUGUCAUGGACGGUGCUGGGCUUGUGACUGCACUUCUUGAACAUUUCCUCGGCCUUGGCGAGAAUGCGCCGAGGGUCCUCGCAGCGACGCAUUUCCACGAGAUCUUUGAGAACAAGCUUCUUCCGAACACACCGAGGCUUUCUUUCGCACACAUGGACGUCCGCGUCGAUCUCGAAGCCGACAGUGUAGAUGAUCAAGUCACCUUCCUCUUCCGACUCGUGCCCCGUCGGAGUGCAUCGAGCUUCGGCAGCAGAUGUGCAGCCCUGAAUGGGGUAGAGGCUGCCGUGGUCGAAAGGUCAGAGGCGCUGGUCCUCCUCCUGGCGCGCGGGGAGGACUUGCGGGCCGCGUGUGCAAGGCUGUCUGAUCGCGAGACAGUGACACUGGAGGAGGCGGAAUCUGUUGCCCGGGAAUUCCUCAAGAUGGACCUCGAUGAUGGAGAGGGAGGUUCCGCAAGGGACAGGCUGCGGGAUCUGGUGAGUGGCUCGAGCUCGACUGAGCUCGAAGACGUUUCGCUUCUUGGGGACGGAGAAUGAGCCUUGGAAUGUCGGCUUACAUAGCCAAUCUGGUCGCAUGUUUUGGCGUUUCACAAGUGUUUGUGGGCUUUCUCGUCAAUUGAGUUUUGACAUGAUAUCUAUAUAUGUAUGAGAUCGAGGAAGUCGGUGAGAGCUCGUCACAAAUUCCUAUGUGUCUCAUACAUCAAGUAGCUUUAGCCAGCCAGCCUUGCCGACAGUGUCUGUUCAUAGAAUGUCGAGGUUUGAAAUUCAAAGUGACUUUCUCCCUUUG